CGGCUGAAGCCAACAACCAGACGGCGAUUAUGUUGGCCAAGAAUUACUACCAGAAAGCGAUGGAGGGGCUGUGCGGAGGGGACAAGGCGUACCUGUCACCCAGCAAGAUCCGUGAAAGGCACCAGGUCUACCUGGAGGCAGCCAUCGAGAAGUUCCGAGCCACCAAGAAGAUGGGCAGCCAAGCUUUGAUCAUGCAGUCUGAGGACCGGCUGACCAGGGACAUCAGCGAGAUGCUGCUCACCUACCUCAAGUUCAACCAGAGCAAGAACUUGUUCAGCAUUGUUCGCACCCCCAGCGCCAUGCUGCUGCUCAUCAUCAGCAUGCACGUCCUCUCUGGCUUCCUGGGGCUCCUGGGAUUCGGCUUUCUCUCGGUCAUCUUCAACUUCGUCAUCGGCGUGUGCUCGCUCACCCUCCUGACCUGGUCCUACGUCAAGUACACGGGGCAGAGCCCGCUGCUGGGGGAGAUCAUCGACAGCCUCAGCGAGAGGAUCCUCAGUGGGGUGAGCGAACGAUGCAUCUCGACUCCCGUCCCCAGCCGGCGCCUUCAGGGGGUCCCUGGGACAGCCUGGCGACCGGCCAUCCCCAAACCGGUGCGGUCUACGGCAGCUCUGACUGACGCCGAGUCCCCUAAGGCUGGGAAGGGGAUGUGGGUAAUAAACUGGACCGAUCGUCAAGGUGGGGUUGGCCCGGGGGAGGGCCAGGGUGGGGGGUAAUCUCAGCAGAUCUCCGACCUGCAGGAAUGUCGGGAGGGGCGACGACGGGCCGAAUGGCCUGCUCCCACUCCCGGUGGGGGCUCCAUGACCCGAGGGAGCUCAAGGGGGCCGCGGUGGGAGA